AUCAGCAGCGACCUGCGCCCUUCAUCCCCGAGCAUACGAACACCCCUGCAAUCAAUAAAGCUCGGAGAAAACGUGCCUCGAGAAAAUCAAGGAAAACCGUCGCCAAAGCCCCCGCGAUUUCCCGCAAAAACCCUACGAAAUGCACCGAAAACGAAAAAACCAUGUCGAUCGAAAAGUGAGAAGUUGAAAUGCGCCUGGAAAUAGUGGAAAUGAAUCUUCUCACGAGAUUUAUGAUUAUGAAUGAACGAUUGUCUUCGUUUUAGAGAUGCCGAGCUUAGUGAACUCUUUAAUUGUGCUUCUGUGGAUUUUUUUGCGAUGCUGCGAUUUCCAAAAACCGAACGUGGACAACAGAAGGCACGACGUCUACAUAGCUGGGUUCUUUCCCUAUGGAAGGGGGGUGGAAAAUUCGGAUACAGGCCGUGGAGUCAUGCCAAGUGUUAAAUUAGCUUUAGACCAUGUAAACGAACAUUCUGCCAUAUUGAGAAACUAUAGACUGCACAUGUGGUGGAACGACACCAUGUGUAACGCUGCCGUUGGCGUCAAGGCCUUCUUCGAUAUGAUGCACAGCGGUCCCAACAAGCUCAUGCUGUUCGGAGGAGCAUGUACCCACGUGACAGAUCCGAUAGCCAAGGCCUCCAAACACUGGCACCUUACUCAGCUUUCUUAUGCCGAUACUCAUCCAAUGUUCACCAAGGAAAACUUCCCGAACUUUUUCCGUAUCGUUCCAUCGGAAAACGCUUUCAAUUCGCCCCGGCUGUCUUUGCUCAAACAGUUCAAUUGGACUAAGGUCGGGACUAUCUACCAGAACGAGCCCAGAUACUCAUUGGCACACAACAGGUUGGUAGCAGAACUGGACACGAUGAGUUAUCAAGUCCUGGAAACGCAGAGCUUCACCAACGAAGUCAACAGUGCUCUCACCAAGCUCAAAGAGAAAGACACCAGGAUCAUUCUGGGAAACUUCAAUGAGGCUUGGGCGAGAGAAAUCUUUUGCGAAGCUCACAAGUUGAAGAUGUACGGUAGGAAAUACCAGUGGAUCAUCAUGGGCACCUACGGCUUCGAGUGGUGGAAGUCGAUAGAGCCCGAGUUCAACUGCACCUUGGAGGAAUUGGAGGAAGCCUUAGAGCAAACCAUCCUGACUGAUCUGCUACCUCUUUCGACUAGCGGAGAAAUCACCAUAUCUGGAAUAACAGCUGACGAAUACAGGAUGGAAUACGACUCCAGGAGGGGUAACGAAUAUUCCAGAUUUCACGGAUACACUUACGACGGCAUUUGGGCUGUCGCUUUAGCCAUCCAAAAUGUCGCACACAAAGUCAAAUAUUUUCGCCGAAACGAAACAGUCACAGAUUUUCGAUAUCACGAUCCCAUGUGGGAACGUUUGUUUUUGGAUGCGCUGUACAACACCAGUUUCGAAGGAGUGACAGGUCCAGUGAGAUUCUACGACAACGAACGUAAGGCCAGCAUAUUGCUGAAGCAAUUCCAAGAAGGACAAGAGAUCAAAGUCGGCGAGUACAGUGCGGCAACGCAGCAUUUAGAUUUGACGCUUGGCGCACCCUUAAAAUGGAUAGGAAGACACCCGCCUAAAGACAGAACACUGGUUAUCAUCGAGCACACUAGAGUGAACAAAACGGUCUACGCCAUUCUGGCGACACUGGCCGUAUGCGGGAUCCUGAUGGCGAUCGUGUUCUUGGGAUUCAACAUCAAAUACAGGAACCAGCGUUACAUAAAGAUGUCCAGUCCACAGUUGAACAAUCUCAUUAUAAUCGGGUGUAUGCUCACUUAUACCAGCAUCAUAUUCUUGGGAUUGGAUUCGGGAUUGUCGAGUAUACAAGCUUUCCCAUACAUAUGCACUGCCAGAGCUUGGACCCUAAUGGCCGGGUUCUCUUUGGCCUUCGGUGCGAUGUUCAGCAAGACUUGGAGGGUGCACUCCAUCUUCACCGACGUCAAGUUGAACAAGAAGGUCAUCAAGGACUAUCAACUGUUCAUGGUGGUGGGGAUCCUGCUGUUCAUCGAUCUGGCCAUAAUGACGACUUGGCAAGUGGCCGAUCCAUUCUACAGGGACACGAAGAAGAUGGAGAGAUACCCACAUCCUUCCAACGAAGACAUCAUUAUAAUCCCAGAAAACGAGUACUGCGCCUCAGAACAUCAAACGAUUUUUGUUGGAUCCAUUUACGCAUACAAGGGAUUAUUGAUGAUAUUCGGCGCUUUCUUAGCCUGGGAAACAAGACACGUGUCGAUUCCCGCUCUGAACGACAGCCGCCAUGUUGGCCUCUCCGUUUACAACGUUGCCAUAAUGUGCAUUUGCGGCGCUGCGGUCGCUUUAGUACUGGUGGAUCAUCAGGACGCCAUGUUCCUAAUUAUAGGUGUUUUCGUGAUGUUUUGCACGACGGCAACUCUAUGGCUGGUUUUCGUACCGAAAAUGCUGGAAUUGAGAAGGAACCCAGGUGGACCCAUUGACAAGAGAUUUAGGCCCACCCUGCGACCGAUGUCGAAAACUCGCAGGGAUUCCAGCAUAUCCGAACUGGAAACCAAGAUCAAAGACGUCAAAGGAUUGAACUCCAGAUACAGAAAGACACUCCUGGAUAAAGAAUCCGAACUGCAGAUGUUGAUCAGAAGAUUGGGAAACGAAGCAAAAGAUAUUCUAGAAUCCAGGGCCGAUUCGAACAGUGAUAUGAAUAGAUUGUCGGUACCUCUACUACGGAAAGAAGCACCCAGUGCCACAGAAACAAGUGACUUAACGUCCCUUUGCAGUCUCAGUUCUCAGGAUUACACCUCUUUGCUUCACACGGAUAGCCAAAAAAAGAAGAAGAUGACAAAUGAAUCGCCAAAGCACGAAAAGACUUCGCAAAAUAUUGCAAAACCGUCUGAACCAGAUGCCGAAUCUCAAAAACACUUAAAUGGAACAAUCAAACAAACAACUGAUAAUUCAAUCGUCGACAAUAACUACAACAACGUCAAAGACAACUUGAAGGAAAACUUGAAAGACAAUUCGAAAGCGGAAUAUGAAAAACCACCGGAAAUUCAACCAGAAAGUAAAAAAGAGGAAGUGUACAAAACUAAAACUCCCACUCACGAGAGAAGACAUUCGAGAACCUUAGACACCGACAUCCAAGCGAAAAGGAAACAGAGCCUGAGAACGGAGCCGCUGCCGGAGCAAGACGAGCCUGUGUGCUUGAAGAGCAACCCUCCCAGCAACAAAACCACCCCGAAGAAGAAGGCUGAGCACGGUGGUACCCACAUAGUGACCAAAAGCGAGCUUUGGGACACCGGGAGUCAGCACAGAUGCACGAAAAGCCACCAGAAGAGCAGCAGAGUAAGCAUAGCACAAGAUGAAGAUGACGCGUACAUGCAUCGCUCCGUCUCCGAACGCAACCGCCCCUCCUCGCAGCGCGACAAGCGCGAAAAAUCCCCGCCCGCCAAAAAGGCCCACCCAUCGCCCGCCCACAAGCCCGGCCACUUCCAGAGCACGCCCAACGUGGCCGCCCUCAAGCCGCGGCCGCCCGAGCGCGACAAGGCCAUGUGCAACGCGACGUCCGAGGGCGAGCUGCUCGACCGCGAGAUCCUGCCCAUUUUCCAGAAGCUGCUCACCGAGCGCAAUAAAAGUCAGCACAAUAUCGCGUAUUCGUUCGGCAGGAGCUGCCCGAACAUUUCUAUCAAGUGUGAUAUAGUCGAGUAUUUGUGAAUUGUUUCCAGGGUUUCGAUUGCUAUCUAUUACAUUCUAGCACUCUUCAUUACGUCGUUACUAUCAUUAUAUCCAAAUAACGGACCUUACCCGUGAAUAAUUUUUUAGUGGUUUAUUUUUUCAUAGGUGUCUCGAGGGGGUCACUGGGAGUGUAAAUUCAAAAUGGCGACCAAAUCAAGCUUUUGCGUAUUUUUCUUGAAUAACUCGACCAUUUUUGAUUCUACAGAAAAAGUUUGGGGACAAAAAUUGUAGUAAAUUUGGUUCUCUACAAGUUUGGUCCCUACAAUUCUUCUGAUAGGAUCGAUAUUUUGUAAAGUAAACCUGAAAAAAGCGACAAAUUCGAAAUAUUUUCAUUAUCUCGUUUAUUUUCAACUUUACGGCAUAAAUGAACAGAAACAAACUUGUAGAGAAUCAAAUUUUGGACAAAUUUUGUCUUCACCUGUUUUUCCGAAAAUCGAUAUUUUCGGAAUUAAACCUAAAAAAAAACGACUCAUUCGAAAUAGUAAAUUUGGUUCUCUACAAGUUUGGUCCUAACAAUUUUUCUGAUAGGAUCGAUAUUUUGUAAAUUAAACCUGAAAAAAGCGACAAAUUCGAAAUAUUUUCAUUAUCUCGUUUAUUCUCAACUUUACACCAUAAAUGAGAAGAAACAAACUUGUAGAGAAUCAAAUUUUGGACAAAUUUGGUCUUCACCUGUUUUUCCGAAAAUCGAUAUUUUCGGAAUUAAACCUAAAAAAAACGACUCAUUCGAAAUAUCAUCAUUAUCUCGUUUAUUCUCAACUUUGCACCAUAAAUGAGAAGAAACAAACUUGUAGAGAAUCAAAUUUUGAACAAAUUUGGUCUUCACCUGUUUUUCCAAAGAUCGAUAUUUUCGGAAUUUAACCAGAAAAUAUGUACCCAUUCAGAAAUAUUCGCGAUAUCUCCUCUUUUUCAAUUCUGCAGGUGCAACGUAUAGGGCGAAAGUUGUAUACAAUAAAAUGAAAAUGAUAAUGAAAAUAUUUCGAAUUUGUCGCUUUUUUCAGGUUUAAUUUACAAAAUAUCGAUCCUAUCAGAAAAAUUGUAGGGACCAAACCUGUAGAGAACCAAAUUUACUACAAUUUUCGUCCCUAAACUUUUUCUGUAGAAUCAAAAAUGGCCGAGUUAUUCAAGAAAAAC